AUGAGCAUCUCGAUCAAAUCUAUUUUUCAGUUAUUAUCGGGUAUCGGAGCCCUGCCAUUAGGCAUCUCUGCACGGGAAUGUUACACCAACGAGUUGAAUGCCAACGGCAAACACAGCCUAUGGCUCUAUGAAGCAAGCCAGCUGCGCCGAUUCGAAGGAUGUACGACCAUAAUCGGCGACAUGUGGAUCUCCGAGCAAUUCGCCGGGUCCAUUGUUCUCAACGGCGUCACGCAUUUCAACGGGACCCUUGGCGCAGGGCACGACUACAACGUGUAUACUGUGCUUGACUCGAUCGAAAUGUCCGAUGCAAUCUAUAUUAAGAGGAUAUCUCUGCACCAGUCGAGAAUGGUCAGCGAAUUGUCUUUACCGCGUGCGGAGGAGAUGGGCGGAUUGGAUCUUUAUCAGCCUGAUGAUGGGACGUAUGAUUUGAGGGGUUUGAAACGGAUAGGCUCUGUGUAUGUUCGAGGAGGUGAAAGGAAUGUGUCCUUCCCGUCUUUGGAGGAAAUUACCUCUGAUGUGAUGUUAGAAGAAUCUUCCUCAGUCGGUAGUGAACGAGGGCCACGGGUUAUGCAUUUUCCUGCUCUCAAAUAUGCAGAAUCAAUGUACCUUACGGGGCAAAUAGCGAGCGUCUACACCCCGGAGCUUCAGAUGAUAGGUGCGAUGUACGUGCGAGCGUGCAACACCACCUUGCCUGCUGUCGACCUUCCCUGUCUGUCCGACUCGGGCCGAUGGUGGAGGUCUACCCCGGCACACAUAAACCUGUCAGGGCCUAUCAACCGCAUUAAUCUCGGGCGGCUGCAACGUAUAGAUGGAAACAUUGUCGUCAACGCCGAAGUGCCUGUUCGGAUCGAAUCCUCCAUCAAGUGGGCCAAAAGAUUACAGUUGAGUGGGGAGCUGGAAGCCCUCAACUUUAGCCAGUUUCGCUCCGCCGGGGCCCUAGCAAUCAGCUCAAACAUCCGCGCCAACUGCUCCUCCAACCUCAUCCACGUAUACAGAAAUUAUUGGCCUUCGCGAGAGGCCACAUUCUGCAAUGAGGAGUCGCUCCAAUACGCCGAUGACCAUAUGCUUGUCACGCAAACUCCCAGUCCAGGCCCAUCUCCAAACCCAACCACUUCCCCCUACCCCUCUUGGACACCCACGCCCACGCCCACGCCAACGCCCUUAACAGUGUGGGGAGAACGGGGUCUAAGUUUCGGAGCGUGGAUAGGGGCUUUUAUCACACUAUCAUGGGUGGCGAUCUUUGUUAUAGCUGCAUUCCUGAUGCUCCGCCGUGUAAUAUUGGGCAGGAAGGAGUUGCUUAAGGCUGUUUUCGCUUGGGGAGAGGACGUAAAGGAUCCUACGCCGCCGCCUUAUUCCGAUGAUGGAUUGCCGCCGUAUAUGGACGACGUGAAAGGCUAAUGAGUUACGUAACGCGAAGCAGUACUAUACAUAACGUAAUUCCCGACCGAAGCGCUCACCCGACCGAAGCGCUCAACCCAUCGAUUUUGACCACACUGAGUAAAUUUGAAGCUAUCGCCAACAGCCAAAACCUUUAUUAAAUUAAAUAAAUUAAUUAUUUUGACGAUUAGGACAUCUGACUCUAGUAUGCCCCUGAAUA